AUGGGUAUCAAAGGCCUUACUGGAUUGCUCUCCGAACAUGCUCCAGCCAGCAUCAAAGAGCAUGACAUUAAAACAUUGUUUGGGCGUAAAGUCGCAAUCGACGCGUCUAUGAGCAUCUACCAGUUCCUUAUCGCGGUUAGACAACAGGAUGGACAAAUGCUCACCAAUGAGGCUGGCGAAACCACAAGUCACCUGAUGGGCUUUUUCUAUCGUACCCUUCGCAUGGUAGAUCACGGUAUCAAACCCGCAUAUGUAUUCGAUGGGAAACCCCCAGAUCUCAAGUCUGGCGUGCUCUCGAAGCGAUUUGAGGGCCGACAGAAAGCAAAAGAAGAUGGGGAGGAGGCUAAAGAAGUUGGUACGGCCGAGGAUGUUGAAAAGUUUGCGAGGCGAACCGUACGUGUGACGCGUGAACAUAACGAGGAAUGUCGGAAGCUUCUCAAGUUGAUGGGUAUCCCAUGUGUCGUAGCACCAUCUGAGGCGGAGGCGCAAUGUGCAGAGCUUGCACGGGGCGGUAAGGUAUACGCCGCAGGCUCCGAAGAUAUGGAUACCCUGACUUUCAACGCACCUGUAUUGUACCGACAUCUCACGUUUUCCGAAGCAAAGAAAGCACCCAUCUCCGAAAUCGUCCUCGAGAAAGCUCUGGAGGGACUUGGCAUGAAUAUGGAGCAGUUCACGGAAUUGUGCAUAUUACUGGGGUGCGAUUAUCUCGAGCCCAUCAAAGGGGUAGGACCUAAGAAUGCGUUUAAGCUCAUGCAAGAGCACGGAAGCUUGGAGGAGGUUCUAAAGGUUCUUCGAGCCAAAAUGGCUGAACGAGAAGAGGCGGACCUCAAGAAGGAGCACAAGGCAAAAAGCACGUCCAAAAAGGGAUCUAAGCCAUCCAAAUCCAAAAAGAAGGACGAAGAGGAUGAGGACGAAGCGAUGGAGUCUGAAGAAGAAGAAAAGCCAAAGGCGAAAAAACAGAAAAGCACAAAGUCUAAGAACAGGAUCGAAUCAGACGAUGAGGAGGGGUCUGAUCCCUGGGACGAUACAGAAGCUGUUUCAUCGCCAGCUCGCGAUUCGUCCCCUACACGCGCAUCGUCUCCCGCUGCGAGCUCAGAGGCUGGUAUGAAGAUCGACGAGGAUGAAGACACUAAAGUGACUAGCGCGAGUGAGAUAAAGGACGGAGCCGCAGAAGAUGACAAGGAUCAUAAAAUGGAGGACGUUGCAGCCAAAGCGGACGAUGCCGAAACUAAAGCGGAUGAGGCUCCAAAGAAACCUGCUCCUGUUCGCCGCGGUGGUAUUCACGUUCCAGACUACUACCCAUGGGAAGAGGCGAAGAAGCUCUUUUUGCAACCGGACGUUACCCCUGCCGACCAAGUAGAGCUUGUGUGGGAAGCACCAGAUGUCGAUGGAUUAGUUAAGUUCCUUGUGGUUGAGAAAGGUUUUAACGAAGAGCGGGUCCGUAAGGGUGCCGAAAAGCUCACGAAGAUGCUCAACACCAAGCAGCAAGGGAGACUUGAUGGAUUCUUCAAAGUUACCGAGUCGGCGAGCUCGAAAGCAAAGGCUACCGCGGGUAAAGGCGCAGCGAGCAGCAAGGGCGCUGGUGCUAAGCGGAAGGCGGACGAGAAAAAGGACACUGGUGGAAAGAAGGCCAAGACUGGGGGCAAAAAGUAA